CCCAGCAGUCUCUUCUGCGUUGCUGUCGCUUUUAUCUUUUUGUUGCAAAUGUGCCAGAGGAAAAUAUGCAGUCCCCCAAUGUUCACAAAACGACUAGCAUUCUCUGAUGGUCGACGUCAAGAGAAUCAGGAAAACAUAUGGUCUUCUGGCCAAUCGCAAGGUUGCAUCGCGCCAGCUGUUGGGCAGCCGACGCUGACAGGUUUGGCGCAUCUUGCAGCCCUCCUCUCCGGACACGUAACCACAUGUUCCCGCCAGCAGUGUGUCGGAUCUUCAACGCAAGGAAACAACUUCUCUUUUGACCGGUCAUCAUUAGACAAACCAUCGGAUUUAUAACAGGGGUUGGUAUGGAUGUGACUGACGAACCCUGCCCGUUUUGCGGAAAGGUUCAAAAGGUCCUGUCUAAGCAUCCGAAGAAGUCGGAGUUGCGGCUGAGCCCCCAAUCCUUCCUUCCAUCAGUGAAGCUUGCUCCAGUUGCGGCUCCCACGGACGACCAAAUUGCUUCCGACGUGGUGCCACCAACAACACUGACGCCAUCAACCACUCCGUACCAACCGCCCUACUCUGCGGCACAAUCACCGCUCGAGAGGCUUCCACUGGAGAUACGGGAACACAUAUGUCAGCUUGUCGGAUUGAAGAAUCCUUCCCCGUGGCCUCGCUGUAUGCGCUAUGUCAAGUGGGAAGACAGGCACCAACCAUGCAACCGCAGGCGGUGCUGCCAAAAGUCUCUCUGCGCUUUAUCACUAGUCUCAAAGUCCAUGGCCGCUCCAGCACAGCGCGCCCUAUUUAAGGACAUCAUUCUCGACAGGCCUCGGACACUUGUCAACUUAUGCAAAAGCCUGCUCCUGUACCCUAAGAAUCGCGGCUAUAUUCGACAUCUCGUCGUAAGAAACCACAAGUACAUGGGGCAGCGUUCUAGGUACGAUCGUCCGGGUGAGAGACACAGUCACCCUUACGACCAACCGGAUGCAUCUGCCUUUGUUAAUCUGCUUGGGCCCGUGGUAAUGGAACAAGGAGCGAGCAGUGUUUGGGCACUGAAGUACCUGCGUGAUGCCUACAGUUCAUAUCAUGAGACUCCCAGGGAUAUUCGUAUAGAUACUCGUUCCGAGGCUUUCAGCGAGCUGACGGAUACAAUCUUUACGUUCAUCGUCCAUUUUUCGUCGUCGUUACAAUCACUUGUCAUACGCGGCUCAGGGAAACCCUGGAUUCAACCGUUUCAGUACAACAGGAGACUUUUCCUAGAUCACAAUCCACCGAUAACGACACUCACCCUAGAUUCUUCCGUCCUUCAAAACCUGUUUGAAACCAAGUAUGGCGACAAUUUCCGGCACCCAUGCCUUUCUACUGUGCAGGACCUUACACUUAACGGGUUUUGUCCCUCGGGGGUGGGAUGGGUGGACAACCCCGGAGUGAAACUGGACGGGCUGUUCGACUGGUUCUGUACCAACCCACGACUAAGGAGACUUGAGGUCAACAAAUUCGACGACAUGGUGUUUGCCUGGGAUAGACAAAACUGGAACACGAUUCUGCCCAAGUUCAAGGACACACUUCACCAUCUGUCGAUGAGCGGCUACAAGGAACGAAUUCAGGAAGACCAAAUGAUUUUUCGCUUUGGCCCCAGUCGCAUCUUAACUUGCCUACCGGAACUUGAAAAGCUGGCUUACUUGAGGGUCCCCCUACAUUUUGUCAAGAUAUGGGGGCUCCCCCGGGUGGCUCUGGACUCCGAUACCGAUGAUCACCAUCAGAACUCCAUUACCGCAGAAAACAUCCGCCAGCGGAUUAUGACCGAGUUCCCUCCGUCACUCAAAGCUGUCGACAUCAUCGAGUACGAGAAUUACAUGGACGAUGAACCAUGGACCGGGGAUAAGAUCCGGGAAAGGGAAACAUAUCACCUCACACUCUAG